UUAUGACCUAGGCUAUAGUAUAAAGCUUAGAUUCAAAAUCUAGUUUGGCAAUAGCUUAUAAAAAUUGAAAUGAAUGAAGUGUUAUGUCCUACUUCUCAGAACAUAAUUUGGCUAAUGAAGAGGACAACGCCAUGCGGGGAAUUCUACAAAUACAACGGCAUUAACCUGCUCUUUCAAAUUGGGCCUCAAUUUAUUGUCCCGAAUGUCUCUACUACAGUACUAGACACUUUUUCCAGAUCACCUAUUGCAUCAUUAACAGGGGCGAACCGGGUUGAAAAACCGAAGAAAUGGAGCAGUUUUUGUCAUUUGAUGUAGCACCGUUCCUGGCCUGUAUGAAUAUGAUUAAAAUCAACACACUGCCAAUAAUUUAUAAAAUGAUAUUAACGGUCUUGUGUGACUUUAAACCAUCAGAUUGUGACAGCAGAAAUAGGACAUUGAGAUACAUUCAAAUACUGCUCGAGGACCAGACGGAUUUAGCAGAUUGCUUGAUAUCGUUUUUACCAGACGACAUUUUGACUGGUAGUUCUAGUGGAACACAAACUCAAACAUCAGAUAUUAUAAAUUCAAGUACCGGUACCUGCACGGAUGAUUGCAAAUGGCCAAAGAAAGAAAUAAAGGUGAGAAAGUCGCGAAAACGUAAAAAAGUCCUCGCCCAGGCAGGCCAGCUCCUGGCACAGGCAGCGUCUGCACAUAAAUCAAGAGCUUCAAAGUCUGUUACUGAUCCGUCAUCUAAAUUAGGAAAGAAAACCUCGGGUAAACUGCGUUCAAAUGGACGUAUACAUAACAACCCUCUUGAAGAUAAGGCCUGCGUUUUAAUCAAACCGUUACAUUCAUCAAAUCUUGGCAGCACAUCAGACGCGGUUUUAUCUCAAAUAGUAAGGAAACGUCUGCCAGUGUUUGAAGGUUCUCCACUGCAUAGAAUCGAAAAUCCAGAGCUUGCUCAGAAACGGGCUAUGCAACUGAUCACCCCAAAACAGCCCUACUAUUCAACAUCAACUGCGAUGUACGGUGCAACGACUACGCCUAGUUUUCGUUUCCAAGACGGACAUGGAUUGAAUCUUGGACCGUGUGUGACAUCUAUGCCAUUAACAUACUUUCCAUUUAUAUGUACUUCUGGUGAGAAACCCAUAACUACUGCUGAGGAUUAUCUAGCCUCACAUGUCAAUGAUCAGAAAUUAAGUGGACCAGAUAUAAUGUCACCUUUCCUGAAAUCAGCUCCAACUUGCACGAUAAGUCAAGUCACCAGAGAAGAGAAGUCACCGAGAAAGAGUCCGAGAAAGCACUUGUCAUUGUCUUCAAAAAUACAAGCUUUAAAGCAAACUUGCGCAGAAGUUAGUAGCGCACAUGUGCAGCACAAGCAAGGAGCUGAUACGAAGCCAGUUGGGGACAAAAUCCGAAUCCAACAUACUAAGUCAUCAACUGAAGUAAGAGGCUCACAGUCGCCCGUGUUUGGCUCAUCAUCCUUUAACCAGAAUACGAAAUCCUACAGAAAUCUUUCCGGAUUCCCAUAUACGCAUCAAUUGACCUUUCCUGACGGCCAAACUCAACAUUUGAGAAUCCAGGGUAGUGGAAGCAGUCUCGUCAGUCCAAGAAAUGUAAAGAUGAAUAGUGCUACCAGAUUAAUAGGUCCAGAUGAUCUUGAAAGUUCGGUUGUUUCUCCAUCACAGACAAAAAGAAAAAGUAGCACAGCUUCAAGUUCUAAGAAAGGCGACAAAAAUAACGAAAAACGUGAAUAAGAUGCCAUAUCGAGAAGUGUUUCAUGAGCGUACUGCAUUAUAUGAGUUGUAUUCCCUUCCCCGUUUAUUCCUCUUGGUAUUUUACGAGCCAUUAGAUCUAAGUUUCAGCUACCUAUUCCACCUUACAGUAUUAAAAUCCGAAAUUCUUACCAAUGAAGUCACAAUAUCAUCAACUGCCUUGGGAAGGAUAAUAAUGCCCUGAAAGGGACUACAGUCUAGAAUGGCGCGGUGCGUCUUUAAUUAAGUGUAAGAGGAACCGGGCGUCGGAUUUUAAAAGUGAAAAGUAAUAAAAAUAGCUGAAACAGAUUUACCGGCUGGUUAUGUAUAAUAUGUACGACUCUCUCCCUUUGCGUGUGUAUGCAUCAUCAUACGUCCACCAUAACACGUUACUGAUCAGAAUACGUGCUUACAAACACGUUCAAUGUCUUCACUGAGUUUCCCUACUUUUGUCCAGUUAGAUUAUCACUGUUACGUUAAUUUACCUUAUGUUGUAUAUAGAAAUUACUUUUUGGAUUUCAUUUUGAUCUUUAGGCAGCCUUGAAAGUUUUGAAAUAUACCUGUAAUUGUUUUCGUUAUUCCUGUUUGUUGGUUUAAUAAAUAUAAUUUUCCAG